UGUUGCCGAGCCGCGCCGGGAACGACUUGUUGACACGGCGAAGCGGCAGGAGGCAGGUGGAGGCAGGUGUGCAGCGGCGGCCCUCCCUCCCUCAGUCGCCUGCCUGACGCCGCCGCGAGAGGUGGUGCGCUGCCCUCAAUUCUCUUCCCGGCUCUGUGGGGACGGCAUGACCCUCCCCGCUGCUCGUUGACGACUUCGCUGUGCCUGUGCCGCGCGAGCCUGUGACUGUGUGUGUUGACCUAGCUUUUGCGUUGUGUUGCUGAUUUACUGAUUGUUUGUGUUGACUUUGCGUUGCGUUGUUUUGCUCUAAUACUAACUAUUUGUAGUGACUUAGCGUUGCGUUGUGUUGCUCUAAUAGUGUGACUUUGUAGUGAUUUAGCUUUGCGUCUAGUUACUAUCAUACCGGGACUCUGUAUUGACAGUGUUGUGUUGAGCUGCUCUAAUACUAUAACUGCCUCUGGUGAGCUUCUCUAAUUCUGUAAGUGUUUGGUGAGCUUCUCUAAUACUGUGAGUGUCUGUGGUGAGCUGUUCCAAUACUGUGAGUGUGUGGUGCCCGAGUUUUGCGCCGAGCUGCCCAACACACCCGUCCAGGCCCCGGCCCCGGUGUGUAGGGAUCAGGGUGACGCGUCUGGAGUCACGGCCCGUCACCGUGCAUUAGUGACCCCGCCAAUCGCUGCCCUUAUCGCCGGACACCAUCGCCGGGCCGGCUAAAUGGCACGCCCCUGCUGCUGCUGCCGCCGCCGGGUGCUGGAAGGAGGCGAGUGAGCCGGCCUGACAGCCACGGGGACCACACCCACCCGCUCCCUCCCCCGCCACCUACGCCACUCAGAGUUUUUGGCUCUGAUAAUAUCGCUGCAGGUGGCUCUUCACUUCCUUCCCGGCCACCAGACGCCAGUAGUUGUGUGUCUGUGGCGCGGCGGUGAAGUGCCGAGUAACAGUGUGGUGGAAGUGUCAGUGCAUCGUGUGCUUAUUUCAGGACGCUGAAAAAUAGACUGACAGACUCGAUUGGACAGUAACAGUAAAUUAAAGUGACACCCUGCGAAACGGCGAACAUUUCCUUGUGUAAAAACGGUGAUUCUUCUUUGCGGCUUACAUUAAAAACAAGAAGGAACACUGUGCACGAGGAUAACGUUAAGUGGAAAUAUAAUAAAGAAUUGAAUAGACAUUGAGAAACUGCUCUUGCCCGCCACCUUGAGAGACUGAUAAACUAGGCAUUCGAGGGCUUGAUUCAGCCUCGAGUGUUGUGUGAGGGUGAGGUGAGGAGCAGGACACCACCACAACCCCCCACCCCCUCCCAGCGGGACACACACAUCCCUCAGCUCCGACCCUGACAUUGGAAGGUAAAGGAGGCCCGCGGCUACCACCACCACCACCACCACCACAGGUCUUCCAGUAACGACCCCGAACCUCCCUCCCUCCUGCCCCAGCCUCAGCCCUCCCCAGCGUGUAUUGGCAACAUGACGCCUCCGGUGGUUAAGGCGGCGCAGGGCAAGCAGGACGGGUCACGGACGCAGCACUUCCGCCGCGGAGGCUCACGGGUGUACUACGCCUCCGAGACAGGCUGCUGGCCGGCCAACAACCUUCCCAAGAGCUUCUGGGCCGCUCGCUCCAAAUGUAUAGGAGAGUCUGUAGUCCACGAGGCCGCCGAGGAGGCCAGCAGCUCAGGCGAGGAGGCUGGCGAGGAGGAAGUGUCACCUGGCGGCCUGUUCCGCGGGUAUCUGCGAGGCUCCCCGUCCCACCGCUCACAAGACUCAGGCUACUCAGACUCCGGCGAGUCAACCAACGCUCACAAUGACACAGACUCAAUCCCAACCACGCCGCCAAACGUAAAGCACAUCACUCGAGUAUAUUUCGGGGAGAACCCUCACUUGUAUAAUGACAAGAUUGUUUGUGUUCCAAAGAUUAACAUCAUCACGACGAGCGGAGCAGUGACGUCCCCGCCCGCUGAUGCGACCCCGCCGGACAAGGAACCUAUUGGCACCCAUCUGCAGCCUUUCCAUCAACGGGGCCGAGCAGCCAGCCUGGAGGAGCUGGCCGAGGAGCUGGAGCAUAAGAGUGUCCUAGAGGCGGCCACCAGACGAACAGGAGCCGUAAGGAAACGAUCCUCUAAUUCUGCAGGAAUGGCUGUUCCUCGGUGGCUGCAGAGGCGCAGCAGCAGUGUCGAAAAACUCAUCGCUGAUGGCCAGCAGGACCGUCGGCAGACAGGGACAUCACGUGCCCGUAGACGGUGGUCUCUGGGCGAGGCAGCGGCGCCGGUCCCAGGCCACAGACAGCAGCAGGGGCCGGCCUCAUACGUCACCAGUGGCACCAACACCCACGUCCCCCUCAGCCAGCAGAACCGCAAGCCGAAGGUGGAGUUGAUGAGCCGGGGCGUUGACACUUCAUCCUUGGAAUGUGAGGACGAUCGUUCAGGAGUGCCUCGACUAGCGGGUGACACAGACCUCCGGGCAGCCGUCACUCCGGCCCCCGCACACCCCCGCCCCACCAGGACACACCCCGCCACUGUGGCCAGAGAGAUGAGGAACGACUCCCUGCACCAGUGGGUGAAAGAGCUGCGGAUACUGUGCGAGGCGGAGUGCAUGAACACCCUCCAGUCCAAGUCCCUGCCCGGAGACCCCGCCCGCCCCCCCGCCUCCUCCCCGCCCACGGUCCGCCACGCCGUCAGAGCCAUCCAGCGCCGAGCCCACGCCGUUUCCACCGAGUUCGCCAGACUGUGCCAGCGUCUGGAGUGGCUGGAGCUGACGCAGGUGCCUCCGUUGGCCGAGUCUCUGGUGGAGCACAUCAAUACCUUCCUGAGGGACUACACCACCCAGUGGGCGGCCGCCGACCCCGACCUGCAGCCCCAGUCGUCGUUGAGCCGCCAGAGUAAAGUGAUCCGACAAAUCUGCGAGAGGAUGAUGGAGGUUUGCACCGGUGAUCACGACGACCUUGACCGCGACACGACCUGCCAGGUGGUGCAAGUGGUGACAGCGCUGGGCCACGCCUUCACCAAGCUAGUCGACCUUAUGCUGAGCCGCGAGAUCAGGGAGAUGGUGCGGGUGCUGGAGGAGCCCGGCAGCAGGGCGGGGGUGCGGCUGGUGGUGUCUCACCUGACCGCGCUCGGGGUCGAGGGCGGCCACAUCUGUCGCCUCAUAGCGAGUCUGGGAGGAGUGCGAGGACUUCUGGACGUGUGUCUGGAGCCGCGGCUGCGUCAGUGCCGCAGCGAUGCCUUGCGGGCCCUGGCAACAGUGUGCUGCGUAGUGGAGGGCAUCGCGGAGCUGGACAAGGCUGGCGGCGUGGAGGUGGUGACGGAGGUGCUGUGCGACACGGAGUGCCCAGAGGAGGAGCGUAGUGAGGCCGCCGGCGUGUUGGCGCAGAUCACGUCCCCGUGGGUGGAGAACACCCACCGCCUCGCCGCCCUCCACACCCACCUCGCACCCAUCGUCGCCGCUCUCACUGACUUAGCCAAGUACACACUCACGCCGGAGAUCUUCCUGCUCGCCUCGGCAGCCCUGGCGAACCUCACUUUCUUGGACGGGGGCUGCGUGGAGGCCAUGAGGACGGCCGGCACCGCCCGUGUCUUGCUACGGGCAGCCCAGGAUAAUCCCAAUCUCUCUAUCUUCACUAAGGACCAGAUUGCGACAGUGUUGGCCAAUUUGGUGGGGUCAAAGGAGGUGGCCGAGGAGGUGGUGGAGGGUGGCGGUGUGGCGGUGCUGCUGGCUCUACUCAACACCCGCCCCGCCCCCACCCACCGCCUGCCCGAGGUGGCCACGGCGGAGCGCGUCCAGCAGAAGUCGGCCAUCGCCCUCUCCAGGCUGUGUCGCGAGGCGUCGGUGGCGCGCCAGGUGGCCAAGCAGGGCGGCGCGGAGCGGCUGGUGCAGCUCUGCAAGGACGAGCGCGAGAGGAACCACAGUGACGCCGUCCUCGUGGCCUGUCUGGCGGCGCUGCGCAAGAUGUCCUCGUCGCUGGGAGCCGAGGGGCUGCAGGGCAUCGAUGCGGCGGAGCUGGUGGAGCCGCGGCUGCUCGACUCCUUCCUCAUCUACUCCUCGCGGCAGGAAAGCUUUGUGUGACCCAGUCUGCAGCUGAAGGGUUAUUAGCUUUAAGGCUGAACUUACUUAGUAUUGAUUCCCUGUAUUAUUAUCGUAGCCCUUGAAGGUGUUUGUCAACAGACGAGUGUGAUGCAAUGUUAUUGAUGACCAUGAAAAUACAUAAUCUCUGUGAAACACUAGCGUCGAGACAGCUCGAUAAACACACACACACACACACACACACACACACACACACACACACACACACACACACACACACACACACACCUGUUGUCAUACCCUCCUUUUAAACCAAUGGAAAGCAUGAUUGACAAGUGUCGUUCUUGAGUAUCGGUACUGCUAAUGACGAUAAUGUGCUAUUAUGACCAUUGACGAUCGUGACGUUCAGCGUGACUGCUCAAGUUCCCCGCUGCAGGAGUGUGAGGGCUGCGGGGCCACGACUCGGCGCCCUUGCUGUGGCACAAGCCGUCUAGUGCUGGUGGGAGAGUGCAAGGCCGAACUCCAGUGAGUGUCUGGAAAACUUUUAUUUUGCCCGUACGAACAAUAUGGUGUGACGAGUGACCCGUUUCACCGCUCCGCCCUCCUGGCCUCGCAGCCUUCCCUCGUCAUGUGUACAAGGCGGCUGGUGAGGUUAAUUUACUGAUAAAAACUUGCAGAUACAAUAAUAGCGUGUACAUUAAUGCCGUGUGGCUGGGCUGUUCCGAAGCGUCUGAAAACCUGUGUAUAUACCUGGCGAGCGAUGUUUAUGCGAGUUGAUUAGUGAGUUCACCUGUCCUUACCUGUCAAGACUCCUGUAAGCGGACCCUCACCUAGUCAGACCCCAGAACCAAAUAUAGUCGUAGAGGUGUCUUUCUGUACAGCAAUAUAUUUUUUCGAAUAAAUCUUACAUGUUU